CAAAAUGGCGGCGUACAAUCCAUAUGUUAUCUGGAUUGUACUUGCCACAAUAGUUGGCGUAAUGCUUUUGAUUGCUACUUURUACGCCCAAUGGCAGAAUAAGAAGAAAAAGAAGGGAGCCUCUCAAGGGAGGACACCAGUGGCUGUCAAUGAAAAUCCCGGUCCUGCUGGACGAAGGAGAGUAAGGAAUCGAAUGACAGGAGGUCGCAGGGCUGACAGAUAUGAAGAUGAUGAUGAUUUUGAAGACAUGGRAGAUGACGAGGUUGGUGGUGGUGGGUUUCCCUUUGAUGAUCAAAUGCCAACGGGUAAAAUCGGAACCAARAAGUUGAGAAAACUGGAGAUGAAAGCAGAGAAAAGAGCCAUGAGAGAGCAAAUGGAAGCAGAAAGAGAAGACAGGAAAGAACGAGAAGCCCUCCGAGAAGCUGAAAGGAAAAGAGAAGAAGAAAGAAGAAAACGAGAAGAGGAACGAAAGGCACAAGAAGAGAAAAUUAGGAAAGAAGAAGAAGAGAAAAGAGCUUAUGAAGAAUACUUAGCAAUGAAGGAAGCAUUUUCUGUUGAAGAUGAAGGUGUUGGAGAAACAGAAGAAGAGAGUCAAGCCCUUCUGCAGGAUUUUAUCAAUUAUAUUAAGGAUCAGAAGGUAGUCAUGUUAGAGGACUUGGCAUGUCAAUUUGGGUUACGUACUCAAGAUGCAAUUGACAGAUUACAAACUCUUCAAGAAUCAGAAAGAAUUACAGGAGUGGUAGAUGACAGRGGCAAGUUCAUUUAUAUUUCAAUGGAAGAACUAGAAUCAGUUGCCAAGUUUAUCAAGCAAAGAGGAAGAGUUACAAUUUCUGACUUGGCUGAUUCCAGCAACAAGCUGAUUAAUCUACAGUCAAAACAUAACCAAGUAGAGGUGUCUGGAUAAUUUUAAAAAACAUGGUAACAAAACAUUACAGCUCAAUACAGCCAAGCAUUCUUUGCAGGCCACUCCAUUCCAUGGGAUCCCUGUGUUAACUUAAUGAUUAUCRUCACAGGAAGACCGAAAAUAUCAAAAAUUCCGUGUCCUUUUAAGUAAGCUGUGAAGGAGGCUAAGCUCAGUGUUAUAGAGGUUUUAAUAUUUCAGACUUUGUCGGUCUUCUGGUGACGACAAGAYAGAGAUUCCAUUUAAAAAGAUAACGGACGCCAUUUUGAAAAAAGAUGCAGACAAGUCACUGGGAACGAGGUUGAACGAUUCCAUCAUCAAGAGAAGAGGAGAGAAUAAAUUGCUAACAAUAAUGAAAAUUUCUCCCAUUUUAUUAUAUACUUUUCCCAUUUUAUUGUCUAUAUUUCACUGAAAUACUUUAUUUUAUUGGUUAACGUCAAUUUGUCUCUUCACAACGCACACAUUGACACRCUGAAUAGUACACGUCUUGAAAUAUAUAAAAAUAUUAUCUAAACCUAACCUAUACUCUUUAGUGCGUUGCAUUUAGUCCGUGAAAUAGAGUGAAAACAUUAAAYCCGUGAAACAAAAUCUUCGUAAUUGUCAAUUUCGAGUGAGUCAUAAAAGAAAAAGAUCUAGAGUUAUACGACGGAGUUGUAGUCGUCGCACUUUUUAUAYCYCCAAUAAAGAGCUGCUUUUAUGUUUUCUUUGUAGAAACGGCCUAUAUUUGCUAUUUUUGMMARGAAAAGGCAAAWACGCYUAAGAAGSACGUGCGAGUACAACUCCCAUCAUAAUUUGUUGCACAAAAUGGUGUCGGUGUAGAUUUCCAUUAGUAAUGCAUCUUAGCAGUCGYUAAUUUUAUUGUUUUCUUUCGUGUUYGUUUUCAUUUGGUGGUGCAAGAAUAGUAAGGCUUAAAGUUACUCUUUUGUUCUUUAUCAACYURAAUCAACUAGAURGUCGUAUCUUUUUCAYGGCGGACGGGAAUUGAUUUUGUUUCACGGGUUUAAGUUCUUACUCAGGAAUCAAGUUAAAUGUAACGACUCGAACUAGGCGCGUCUUUUUUCGUGUUCCUUAUAAAUAGGCUCAGCUUUARCCGCAUUCGGCAAACCGAACGUUGAGUUCUGGAUCGCUGAGUUCAAUGUUUUUGGAUGAUUAUUAAGACCUGUACACUUUUUCUACUAAUCUUCUUGCUGCAUUAUUUCAGUAUCUAUCUUAUCAGUUUUAACAAAGUCACUGGUGAUUUGCACUUUGAUUUGCAAAAUAAAAUUUGRGCGCAA